AUGCAGCUCACGCCCGCCGCUUUGUUCCUCGUCUCCCUCGUGUUCUCCGCCCGCGGCUCGCCCAUUCCGUCGUCGGACAUCGUCGCACGCACUGGUCUCAAAUUCCAUGUCCUCGCAGGCACUCCCCCAGCUACGCUCACCGGCUCGUUCGACGAUGAGAAGUGCAGCCCCGCCCAGGUUGCCGCCAUCAAGGCGGGAAUCGUCGAUGCGAAGAAGAUGGCUACGGUCGCAAUCAACCUGCUGAAGCCGAAGGACAUGAGCAAGAGUAACGGCUUCUUCUGGAUUUGGGGUGGGGCCAGUGCUGCAACGCCGGCUGAAAUCACGAAGCAUUACAACUUUGUCAACAAACUCUCCGAGCCCGCUGAGAUCACGUCGACAGCAGCUUUUGCCAACAGCAAGACGGACCUUAUCUUCACGUGUAUACCGCCGAACGCUCCUAAAUCAGCCGACGCGUAUGCGAAUACUGUCAACGUCGGCCGCAAGACGGCCAGCUCAGCAACAGUGCCAACACUCAACCUCAUCCGGCUCACACAGAACAGUCUUGCGAACACGGAGUCGUUCGUUGCCUCUGCUGCACGUGUCAAGACCAGUGGGGACAUCAAACAAGCAUUCCCCGAGACUGCUGGUGUCCCGACGCCGCCGCUCGCGUUUACGCUUGUCCACGAGGUACAGCACGCGGACCCGCUGAUGGACAACGCGGAGCUUGACCAUCUCGUCGACUUCAAGGGUCUCGACGGAAGGCGUGCCUACGGCUUCCAGCAGAUCCAACACCAGUUGACGGCACAGACGAAGAAGCUGAACCCGCAGAACUACGCCUACUUCGCGCUGCUUGCCGAGUCCAACCCCGAGUUCUUCGCACCGGACUGCUUCAUCGGCGACGCGGUGCUCAGUGCGCGUGAACUCGAAGCCGCGCCGGUCCCUGAUGUCUUCAAAUUCGAUGGCGUGCUUGCUGAUCACGACCAUGAGCACGACGAAGACAACGCGGAAGACAUCACCGACGAUGCUGAAGAGGACGCGGGACCAACGCUAAUGGGUCGCCUUGUGCAGGCGCUCCAGGCCCGAGUGACGACUAAAGCGCCGGUGGCUGCAAAGCCUGUUGCGGCAAAGCCUGUUGCUGCUAAACCUGUCGCCGCUAAGCCCGUCGCCGCUAAGCCCGUCGCCGCUAAGCCCGUCGCCGCUAAGCCCGUCGCGGCGAAGCCCGUGGCCGCGAAACCGGCCGCGAAACCGGCGCCAGCUCCAGUCAAGCCCGCGACCCCGGUCAAGCCCGCGACGCCUGUGAAAGCCCCUGCACCGCCAGCCAAGGUGUUUGUUCCUCCUGCCAAAGCCGUGCCAGCCGCACCUGCAAAGGCGUCCGCCUCAUCGACGAAGUGCAACACCACGGUGAAGGGUGCGUGUGCGGCAUGCCAGAAGAUCAUCAAGGGCAUUGCGGGGGGACAUAUUGUUGUCUGA